AUGGCGCCACGAGCGGGCUUAGUCAGUCAGUCAGCCGCGAGCCGCGGUGAACUGAAGGUGUGGGGAGUGUUUCUGUGGGCCGACGGGCCAAAAAUGGCGGAGCGUACAAAGACGACAGCCCCGGCCACCCGGCCUGUUCCCAUGAAGCUGUUUGCCACUUGGGAAGUGGAUCGCACUGCACCGAAUUGCAUACCCAGGCUGUGCUCCCUAACCCUGACCCGGCUUGUAAUUCUACGGCCAUUAGGCUCCGACCUAAGCUCGAUCAGCAUCGCAGUGAAGAUGCAAAGCUCGAAGAGGACCCUACGUUCGAACGAAAUGAUCAUUCCGUCUGGUGGCAUACUGGACACAGAGCUCGAGCUUCAGUUUGCUCUCCAGUAUCCCCAUUUCCUCAAGAGGGACGGCAAUAAACUACUGAUACUGCUGCAGAGGAGGAAACGCUAUAAAAAUCGCACGAUGCUCGGAUACAAGACCCUAGCUGAGGGAGUCAUCAACAUGGCUCAGGUUCUCCAGAAGCAGAUGGACCUGGAGUUGGAGCUGAUAUCGGACAAGGCGGAGAAAUACGGCGGGCACUCGGUCGCGUUGGCCCGCGUGAGCGUAGUCGCGCUAAGCUCCCAGCCGGUCGAUCAGGACAAAAGACUGAUGAACGAUCCGAACGAGCGGCUCUGCCCGGAGUACAGCGACGAAGAAGAGGAGUUCAGCUCGGAGGGCGAGGCGGAGGGCAGCGACAGCGAGCCCACUCUCGAGAUGCACAGGCGGAAGAGCCGGGCGAAGAUUCCGGCGAACGCCAGGCAAAGAAAUCUAAAGCAAAAGUUUAUAGCUCUACUAAAGAGACGGUUCAGGGUGUCCGAAGAUUUGGAUCAAGAUCAAGAAGAGAUAGGGCAGAAGCUUUCAG